AUGGAAUCAUUUCAAGCUAAAUUCAAGUACUAUAACGCACAAGCUGAUAAAGAGCUCUCGAAAUACCCUCUAGCAAGACAGGUGGAGUCUUACCUCAACGUUCCGAAGACCUACGUUGCAUAUGGUGCCGGUGGUUUCAUAUCCCUCUUAAUCUUUUUUAACGUCUGGGGACAAUUGCUUUCCAACAUUAUCGGCUGGGGUUAUCCAGCCUAUGCUUCUUUUAAGGCUAUCGAGACUCCCGACGAAAAAGAUGAUAUUCAAUGGUUGACGUACUGGACCGUAUUUGGUUUCGUUAAUCUUGCGGAAUUCUUCUCGGAUCGCAUUCUUUACUGGAUGCCUUUUUACUACCUCUUUAAGACAUUAUUUUUCCUUUGGCUCUUCCUUCCUCCCUUCAAAGGUGCCCAUACUGUCUACCAUAAGUUCUUGAGGCCCACUUUAUUGGCCUACCAAGGUGAUGUUGACAGUGGAUUGAAAAAUAUUAAGGAUAAAGCAGGAGAUAUCUUCAGUGCUGCUGCCUCUAAUGUUUCACAUCUUGCCGCUGAAUAA